CAGCGGCUGACGCAGCACCCGACGCGGCACAUGACUGGUUGGCGGGCCGGGGCGGACGCGCGGGGCCGUUCACCGGGGUAGCGGGAUGUGCGCGGGGAGCUCCCGACGCCUCUCCCGCGCGGGACGGAGCCGCGGGAGCGACGCUGGAGGGGUGAAGCCUCUGUCUGGCGGCCCGCAUGGAGCUGAGCAGCGCGGAAGGGGCGUCUAUCCGGUUCCUCGGCCUCACCCAGCGCUCCGUCUCUGAAGAUCUGGGUUGCAGACGCGGAGAGUUUAGCAGAAAGCAUUAUGGGUCUGUGGAGCUUCUUAUAUCUAGUGAUGCUGAUGGAGCCAUUCAAAGAGCUGGACGGUUCCGUGUGGAAAAUGGCUCAUCUGGUGAGAAUACGGACUAUGCUCCGGGUACAUGGCACAGAACGGAUGUGCAUUUGGAAAACCCGGAGUAUCAUACAAGAUGGUACUUGAAGUAUUUUUUAGGGAAAGUUCAUCAGAAUUAUGUAGGUACAGAUGCAGAGAAGAACCCUUUCUUUCUGUCUGUUGUACUAUCUGACCAAAAUAACCAGCGCAUUCCUCAAUACCAUUCAAUACUUUGGAGAAAAACAGGUACUCAGAAAAUAUGUCUCCCUUACAGUCCCACAAAAACAUUAUCAGUGAAAUCUAUAUUAAGUGCUAUGAGUCUUGAUAAAUUUGAGAAGAGCCCAAGAGAAAUUUUUCAUCCUGAGAUACAAAAGGAUUUAUUGGUUCUUGAAGAGCAAGAGGGAUCGGUGAAUUUUAAAUUUGGAGUCCUUUAUGCUAAGGAUGGUCAGCUUACAGAUGAUGAAAUGUUCAGUAAUGAAACUGGAAGUGAAAGCUUUCAACGGUUUUUGCGUCUUUUGGGUGACACAAUUACUUUGAAAGGCUGGUCAGGCUACAGAGGAGGACUGGACACUAAAAAUGAUACAACAGGAACCUGUUCCAUCUAUACAGUUUUUCAAGGGCAUGAAAUUAUGUUCCAUGUUUCAACCAUGCUACCAUAUUCUAGAGAGAACAAGCAGCAGGUAGAAAGGAAGCGACAUAUUGGAAAUGACAUUGUCACUAUCAUAUUUCAGGAAGGUGAAGAGUCUUCUCCAGCAUUCAAGCCAUCCAUGAUUCGCUCUCAUUUUACACAUAUUUUUGCUUUAGUGAGAUAUAAUAAGCAGAAUGAUAGUUACAGGCUGAAAAUAUUUUCAGAAGAAAGUGUUCCUCUCUUUGGGCCUCCCCUUCCAUCCCCACCUGUGUUUACAAAUCACCAGGAGUUCAGGGAUUUUGUGUUGGUGAAAUUAAUAAAUGGUGAAAAAGCCACCUUGGAAACACCAACAUUUUCUCAGAAACGUCAACGCACUCUAGACAUGCUAAUCCGCUCUUUAUACCAAGACAUGACGCCCGACCUACACAAAGGAAAUAACAUGCUUAAUAGAAGAUCGUUCAGUGAUGUGUUACCAGAAUCCCCAAAAUCAACCCGGAAAAAAGAGGAAGCUCGGCAAGCAGAGUUUGUUCGGCUUGGUCAGGCAUUGAAAUUGAAAACCACUGUGAAAGGGGAUACCACAGCUAACUUGGCAACCACAAGCUUUUGUAAAAAGGAGCCUUGGGAAUCUCAGUCUUUCUGCAGUAAUUUUCCUCAUGAGGUUGUCUGUGCAGAUUCUUGGGGCCAGUCCUUGCUGGUUUCUACAGAUGCUGGCAUCUUGUUAAUAGAUGAUGGUCAACCGUCAGUGCAAGUGUUUGAUAAAACUCUCCAAAUAAAGCAGAUGAAUGUGUUGGAAGCUCUGGAUCUUUUGAUUGCCCGAACAGACAAAGGGAAAGACUCUCGUAUUCUUGUCUUCAGACUCAGUGCUGUCCAAAAAGAUAUAGAGACUAAAAAAAUCAUAAGAAGCAAAUAUGACUGCAGAGAAAAUAAACUGGAGAGAACAAAAGGCUGCCAUUUGUAUGCCAUUAACACUCACCACGGAAGCGAACUGAGGAUUGUUGCAGCUAUUCGGAACAAACUACUUCUUGUCACAAAGAAAUAUAAUUCGGACGACACUUCAUUCAGCACCUCUCUGCUAUCGUCUCCUGAAUCUCCAGUCGAGGAGUUUCAGUACAUCCGGGAAAUAUGCCUUUCUGACCCGCCAGUGGUUAUGACGCUGGUGGAUGGACCUACUGGAGACAGUGACAAUAUGAUCUGUGUAGCAUAUCGGCAUCAGUUUGAUUUAAUCAAUGAGAGCACAGGGGAGUCCUAUAGAUUGCAUCAUGUUGAAACAAACAGGGUUAAUUUUGUUGCAGCUAUUGAUGUAUAUGAGGAUGGUGAAGCUGGUCUACUGUUGUGCUAUAACUAUGUUUGUCAAUAUAGAAAGGUAUAUCCUUUCAGCGGAUGUUCUCCACUUGUCCAGCCAUCAGCUUAUGACUUCCACUUCAGCUGGAAUCAAGUUCCUUAUGCUGUUGUCUGUGCUUUCCCUUAUGUUCUUGCCUUCACUACUGAUUCCAUUGAGAUCCGAUUAGUGGUGAAUGGGAACUUGGUCCACACAGCAGUUGUGCCUGAGCUUCAACUUGUAGCAUCAAGGUCAGAUAUUUAUUUUAAAGCAACUGCUGCAGUAAGUGGAUCAUCUGACAGCAGCUCUAAGGAAAUGAGUUCAAAGAGUUCUCCUCAAACACCAACAGCUUACGAAAAGCCAGAAUUACCUCUUCCUUCUCUAGAAGGUGAAGUUCCAUGCAAAAAACUGUACAAAAUACCUCUGAGCAAUCUGGUUGGGCGAAGCAUUGAACGACCUCUGAAGUCACCUUUGGCUCCCAAGGUCAUCGCUACUACAACAUCGAGUGGCAUUACCUCUCUUCCAGUUACGCACUCACUACCUUUAUCUCGUAUGGAAAUUAAAGAAAUUGCAAGCAGAACACGUAAAGAAUUGCUGGGUCUCUUGGAUGAGCCUAUACCCAAGACAGAAAGUGCACAGAAGCUGAAAAAGGUUUCUCGAGGACAGUCAGACCCUAAGCAGGGAGCUGUAAGAUCAACUAGUAGUGACAGGAUAAUCCCAAGCGCAUUUGAAGGCUAUUCUGAAAGACGUCAUCUUUCCACUAGUUCAGAUCCUGAUACUUCAGCAAGCAGGGAGGAGAGCUCACCAUCUAGCUAUCCAUUUCAGCUGAUUUCUUUAUAUGAUGAAGACAUCAUUGACCUAAAAUGAAGACACUUUUAAAACCUUUCCUCUUUACUUCACAUUUUCUUACAGCUCUGUAAGCGCUAUGGCAAUGUCACAAACACUGCUUCUGGUAGUAAAAUGUAGCUGGAAGUACUGGUGAUAAAUCCUUAUGGAAUCCAUGUUCUGGUUAGCACAGCCUUUAUAUCUUUGACAUAGGUAUGUUCUAUCAGUUAAGGAAGCAUUACUUUUCAUGGCAAUCUAACAGUAGGUAAUCAGUGGGAGAUUCAGGCUGAAACUGAAGUAAACAAAAAGUAUUACUUGUUCUAAGCUUCUUCUAAUUUGACUUACGUAAAUGACAUGGAGAAAAGUUAAUUGCUGUUAUUACUAUCAUGAGUUGUUUUACAACAGUGUAUGUCAUGUUGGAAGAGGAAUUUUAUCACACUGAUCACUACUUUUGGUUUUUCAGUCUUUAAAAAACAAAACAAAAUAACAACAAAAAAAGGGAUUGCAGGCAAGGUCAUUUCAAUCAGUGGAGUCAGUCCCUAAAUUGAUGCAUCUAUGAUAUGUUCACUGAAGCAUCAGGUGAGAUAUGAAGAUGGUGUUUCCUUGGUUCAUUGUUUAAAGAAACUUGAAAACUCUUUUGGCAUAAGAAAUACCUGAGCAGAGAACCUUUCUAGAGGACACAAACUUUCAGAAUAUUUCUCGAAAAUUGGAAACUAAAAAAAAAAAAAAGCUCUAAAAAACCCAUGAACAAACAAAAAAUGUGGAAACAAAAACUCCAGUCCAUCUACUGGAAAACUUAUUCUAGUGCAUCUGCAGAUUUCUCCAUUACAGGCAGAAGAGCCAACCCAAAUUGCCCUUGACUACAAAAAGAUUCCUGUGUAGACAUCAUCAUUAGCUGUUGUCUGUGCUUGCACCAACAGUAUAAGUAAUUAUUUCAGAUAGUUCUAUUUUUCUAACUGGAUGCAGACUGAAAUUUCAGCGCUAAUAAGGUAGUCUUCUGUGAUGAAACAGUGAUCUUGUCUCUUACUGUAUUAAAGGACAGGGGUUUAUCUGAAGUUUGAUUUAUUUUUUUUUAACCCUUUCCUCUAGAACACCUUUGCAAGGAUUUUGUUUGGUUUGGGUUUUUUCAUGAAAGCCUUUCUGUAUAUGAUGUUUUUAGAUUUAUUAGCAAGUGUUUCUUGUUCUAAAUGUAGAAAUACUUCUGUAUCCUUGAUUUUAUUUCAUAUUACCACCUGUAUGUUGUGAUUUCACUUUUGUUCAAGCAUGAUCAUCUGGAGAUGUGUGCCUUUUGCUGCUGUCUGUCUGAAUGUAAAACUGGUUUUGCAAAGUGA